AUGUUCCUUUUUGUCUCCAGUUUGGUCCGGUCCAUUGUCCCCAGUGUGACGCUCUACACCACAGGGUCUCUGACAAUGGGUGCGACAGUGGAGGAGUUUGAGCAGGCGAAGAACAAAUUGUCAAGUCUAAAGAAAGACCCGGGGAAUGAGGUCAAACUGAAGAUCUACGCUCUCUUUAAGCAGGCCACUCAGGGUCCCUGCAGCACCCCCAAACCAGGGAUGCUGGACUUUGUGAACAAGGCCAAAUGGGACGCCUGGAAGUCUCUGGGCUCCACCUCUCAGGAUGAAGCUCGGCAACAGUACUGCGACCUGAUUGGCUCCCUGCUGGAAGCAGAGGGAGGAAGCUCCGCCCAGGUGGCUGUGACGCCCGCCGGUGGAGGGACGUACGAGACGCUGAUGGUCACUACAGAGGACAACAUCACUACCAUCAAACUGAACCGACCAGCCAAGAAAAACGCCAUCACAACGGAGAUGUACAACGAGAUCAUCGCAGCUCUGGAGCAGGCAGCUAAAGACGACUCUGUCCUCACCGUUUUCACUGGAGCUGGAGAUUAUUACUGCAGCGGGAACGACCUCACAAACUUCACCAAGAUCCCAGAGGGCGGGGUGGAGGCCAUGGCCCAACGUGGAGCAGACCUGCUCAGGAUGUACGUGCGGGCCUACAUCGACUUCCCCAAGCCACUGGUCGCCGUGGUGAACGGCCCAGCGGUCGGAGUGUCCGUCACUGUGUUGGGACUCUUCGAUCUGGUCUACGCCACAGAGAGGGCCACUUUCCACACCCCCUUCACCCAGCUGGGUCAGAGCGCCGAGGGCUGCUCCUCCUACAUCUUCCCCAAACUUAUGGGCGCCGCCAAGGCCAGUGAGAUGCUGCUGUUCAAUAAGAAGCUGACGGCGGUCCAGGCCUGUCAACUGGGUCUGGUCACCGAGGUGUUCCCCGAUAACAGCUUCCAGUCCGAGGUCUGGACCAGACUGAAGGCCUACGCCGAGCUGCCUCGCAACUCUCUGGCUCUGUCCAAACAACUGGUCCGCUCCGUGGACAAGGAGCGUCUGUACGCCGUGAACGACGCAGAGGUGCAGCGUCUGAUGGAGCGCUGGACGUCUGAUGAGUGCUUCAACGCCGUCAUGAGCUUCUUCCAGGCCAAGGCCAGGCUCUGAUGGAGCCCCAGGAGCCACGCGUGGACAUGUCCUCCAACAUCAUGCGUGGACAUGUCCUCUAACAUGUCCUCCAACAUCAAGCAUGGACAUGUCCUCCAACAUCAACCAUGGACAUGUCCUCCAACAUCAAGCGUGGACAUGUCCUCCAA